AAUGCCAUAAUGAGGUUCGCAUCAUUAUAACAUUUCUCCAAUGUAAAAUGUCGCGAGUAAUCGUUUCACACGUUGGUUCCUACCAAACACCACUUUUGAUUUGAAAACACCUUAUCAAUUGGGGAUUCAAUUAAAUGCAUCUUCCUGUCCGUCCGUAACCUCUCUCCUUGUGUUUUUCUUCCCUCUCGGUAACUACCACCCUCCUAACCAUCUGCUAACCACACUCUUUCAAUGCUCUCUUUCACUAUCCUCUCUUUUUCUCUCUCAUAAAUACACAUCCACCGAGCCUCCUUUCACCUCCAAAUCUCCUCUCUCUCUCUCUCUCUCUCUCUCUAAUUUCUCUCUCUAGAUCAAAAAACACCAUGUCACCUGUGGCAGCAACUUUGUUCAAUGGGUCCUCCAAAAACACGACGGUCUGCGUAAUGGACGCGUCGGGGCAUCUGGGCUCGACCCUCGUCCAACGGCUCUUGCAAAGAGGCUACACCGUACACGCAUCGGUUCAGAACCAUGGUGGAUUGAAGUGUUUUGAGGGGGUAGGUUGUGAUAACAAGAAAUUAAGAGUAUUCCAUUUAGACCCAUUGGAUUACCACAGCAUUAUGGAUGCAUUGAAGGGAUGUUGUGGAUUGUUUUACUCCUUUGAGCCUCCCUCAGACCAGCCAAACUAUGAUGAAUUUAUGGCGGAGGUAGAGGUACGAGCAGCUCACAAUGUACUGGAAGCGUGUGCACAAACAGACACCAUAGACAAGGUUGUGUUCACGUCUUCUGUAACAGCUGUUGUUUGGAAAGGUGACCGUAACACAUUACAAUCCGAUGUCGAUGAAAAAUGUUGGAGUGACAUUAAUUUCUGCAAAAAAUCUAAGUUAUGGCAUGGUCUAUCGAAAACACUGGCAGAGAAGACCGCGUGGGCCCUAGCAAUGGACAGAGGAGUGAACAUGGUGUCCAUCAACUGUGGUUUGUUGAUGGGUCGACCCGAUCUCACCAUCACUGACCCGUAUUUGAAAGGAGCGGCUGAGAUGUACGAAGAUGGUGUGUUUGUUACCAUGGAUCUCAGGUUCAUGGUGGAUGCGCACAUCUGCGUCUUUGAAGACGUCUCAUCGUACGGACGAUAUCUCUGCUUCGACCACGUCAUCAACUGCCACAAAGAUGCCCUUGAGCUCGCUCACAUGCUAUUGCCGCCCACAACAUCAUCACCAGCUCAUAGUUUGGCGGACAGCAAAGUCUACCAACAGAGGAUAAGCAACAAGAAACUAAAUAAAUUAAUGGUGGAUUUUGAUAGUGGGGUUCAACUUGAUUGAUUGGCAUUGACGGUGAGAUGGCAAUCACAUUCUAUGAGAAAGAGGUUGUCCAGCGUAUAUAUAUUGGGGAUUUUGGUGACAUUUAUUUACUAGGAUUAGAUUUGCAAGUGACAAUUGUUGACUAUAUGAUUUUUUUUUUUUUUUUUUUUAAGUUGAUGCCCUGAAUGGCCGAAUGAUUGAUUAUGGUGAUGUAGCAAGGAGAGUGAUGUUUAUUAGGUAGGUGAUUAAAGAUGAUAGAUCCAUUGAAGUGGAGCAAUGAUGAUGACUUUUGGUUAUCACUAACAAUGAACCUGGUCCAAUCCAUUAAUUAUGCAUUUGGUGGUUGACCUGGGUGAUGAAUGUACCUCCAUUUACCGGAUUCAUUUAAUUUAACUCACUUUUGUGUUUUCAUCAA